AUGGAACCGGGACCGAAAGUAGAAACUGGCGUAUUGCCUAAAAUCACAGAUGUGGAGUGGAAGUUGGAAGUUAUGACGAAUACUCCUGGAGUUGGUUCUGAAAACUUGUUAUAUACAGUUAUUUUGAAGACGGAUGAUGGUAAUGAUGUCCGCUUUACUUGUGGAAGUCAGCAGCUACAAGAUUUGGUCUAUAAACUCAAAGACUUAGUGCGACAUUGUGAAAAGAUGAAAAGUGAGCUAACCUAG